AUGAUGACUGACUACCUUCUGCACAAGACAGUCAUCUCCGUUCCUGGAUGUGGGAUACAGAUAGUCCUUGGGUUAGGCCUGGGUGGGACUGAGUGUAUCCUCUUAGGUCUUAUGUCCUAUGGCCACUAUGUUGCCAUCUACAAUCCCCCACUCUACCUUCUCAUCAUGAACUGGCCCCUCUACAGGCAGAUAGUUGUUAGCUCAUGGACCAGUGAUUCUCUCAAUGCCUUGAUACAUACAGUGUACCCCAUGAGUUUCCACAUUUGUGAAAACAGGGAAAUUCAUCAUUUUUAUUGUGAACUUCCUGGAGUCUUGAGAUUCUCCUGUGAGGACACCUUGUCCUAUGAGACUGGGGUAUUGAUCAGCACCACCAUUCUGCUUCUUAUUCCAUUUUCAGUCAUCCUUGCCUCCUACACACUCAUCCUGAUCACUAUUAUUCAAAUGGCUCCCACUGAGGGACAGAAGAAAGCACACUCCACCUACUCCUCUCACUUGACAGUGGUUAGUCUAUAUUACGGUGCCAUCAUUUUCAUGUACGUGAGACUGAUCUCUUCCCACGCCUCAGGCCAAGAUAAAGUAGUGCCAGUCUUCUACACCAUCCUCACUCCCAUGCUCAACCCCGUGAUCUAUAGUCUUCGGAUUAAGGAUGUUAUGGGGGCCCUGGGAAAAGUCCUAUGGGUGUGUUCUUUAUAUUCUAAAAUAUGA